CACAGAGCCCUUAAGGCUUUCUACCUGCUGACCAAUAAAUUAGACAUGCCAGGACAAUUAGCAAAACAUGAACACAGGAGACAUGUACUACGGCGUGUAGCAGAGGCAGGAGGAAGUGUACCCUCCGCUAGUAACCAAUCGCAUGCGGACACCCCCCCUUCAUUGAAAAUACAUCACCAUAUAUCAAAUUCUCAAAACAACCCAGUCCGUCUAUUCACUUUUCUCCAAGAAAAUGAGGGCGAUCCUGCUAUCAAGAAUUUCAUCCUUAAACUGAGGGACCACAUUCUUUAUAGGCUUCAGGGGUUGGACAUCAGUUACUGUGACCACACCUUUACGGAUGAGGAAUGA